GUGGAGAGGUGUUGGGCGCUAAGCCAUCUCGGCCACAAUAAUGCUGCCGGUAGGAGUUCACUGAUAUGUUGGUCGCACGGUUUGGCACUUCCCUUGCUUCAACCUCGCCCGAAACGCUGCUUGGCGCCAUCGCAACCGCUCAGACUCUCGGACUGGCAUCCAGGACACGCAUGGAACCCACGGCGCGGGCUACCGCUAACGACCAUACCACACUCUGCAUUUUGCUUGACGUCAGCGAUCGGAUGCAUCUGA